GAUCUCGGCAUCUGUGGACGUAGAGUAACAGCAGCCGUAGUAAUUUGACAUGCAUUGAGACCACAUUCUGUGUCACGGUGACAGAAGAAGCUGCUGCUGCCGCGCGUCCGACGGAGAGGGAAUACUGCAACUGUACCGGACUCGUUUCAUCCAACCGUUUAUAACGACAGCAGCCCCGGGCAAUGACAUUAACCUAUUGAAAGAGGAAAACUAGAAGGAAAACGCAAAGAUGACGGUGGACUUUGAAGAAUGUAUUAAAGACUCUCCACGGUUCAGGGCUGGCAUCAAUGAGGUGGAGACGGAUGUGGUGGAGAUCGAAGCUAAACUAGAUAAGCUGGUGAAGUUAUGUAGCGGUAUGAUCGAGGCGGGCAGGGCGUACGUAAGCGCCAACAAGCUGUUUGUCAACGGCAUCAAAGACUUGUCUCAGCAGUGCAAGAAGGAAGUAAUGAUCUCUGAGUGUCUGGAGAAGUGUGGGGAGAGCCUGCAGGAGAUCGUCAACUACAACAUGAUCCUAUUUGACCAGGCCCAGAGGUCAAUCAAACAGCAACUGCACACCUUCAUCAAAGAGGACGUGCGUAAGUUCAAGGAGACAAAGAAGCAGUUUGACCGUGUGAGGGAGGACAUGGAGAUAGCCCAGGUGAAGAACGGCCAGGCCCCCAGGAACAAACCUCAUGAGGUGGAGGAGGCCACUUCCUCUCUCACCCUGACCAGGAAGUGCUUCAGGCACCUGGCCCUGGACUACGUACUGCAGAUCAAUGUUCUUCAGGCUAAGAAGAAGUUUGAGAUCCUUGAUGCAAUGCUGUCGUUCAUGCGAGCCCAGUACACCUUGUUUCAACAGGGCUAUAAAAUAUUGGAUGAGAUUGAUCCCUACAUGAAGAAACUAGCUGCAGAGCUGGAUCAGCUGGUCAUAGACUCAGCCAUGGAGAAGAGAGACCUGGAACACAAACAUGCUACCAUACAGCAGAGGACUCUGAUGGAGGACUUCUCCUAUGAUGAUAAUAAGGUGGAGUUCAACGUGGAUGCUCCUAACGGAGUGGUGAUGGAAGGUUACCUGUUCAAGAGGGCCUCCAAUGCCUUCAAGACCUGGAACAGACGGUGGUUCUCCAUACAGAACAGCCAGCUGGUCUACCAGAAGCGACUUAAGGAUGCCCUGACGGUGGUGGUGGAGGACCUGAGGCUGUGUUCAGUCAAACCUUGCGAGGACGGAGAGAGGAGGUUCUGCUUCGAGGUGGUGUCCCCCACUAAGAGCUGUAUGCUCCAGGCAGAGUCAGAGAAGUUACGGCAGGCCUGGAUCCAAGCUGUACAGGCCUCCAUCGCCUCUGCAUACAGAGAGAUAUCAGACAACUACUACAUCGAGCGUCUGGACCGGACAGCCUCCCCCUCUACCAGCAGUAUAGACUCAGCCAGCGAGCCCCGGGGGGAGAAAUGGGGGAGAGGGGGUGAGGGCAGGGGGGAGAGCAUCCUCCACCGGGUGCAGACCCUCCCGGGUAAUGAGCUGUGUUGUGACUGUUCCCAGGCUGCACCAUGCUGGGCCUCCAUCAACCUGGGAGUCCUGCUCUGCAUUGAGUGCUCUGGCAUACACAGGAGUCUGGGGGUUCAUUGCUCCAAGGUUCGUUCACUAACACUGGACUCCUGGGAACCAGAGCUACUCAAGUUGAUGUGUGAGCUGGGUAACAAUGUGAUUAACCACAUCUAUGAGGGAGCUUGUGAGGAACUGGGAGUGAAGAAACCUGGACCUUCCAGUCCUAGACAAGAGAAGGAGGUGUGGAUCAAGGCUAAAUAUGUGGAGAGGCGUUUCCUGAAGAAGAUGAGUGUCAGUGACUCAUUGGUGGAAGGUGAGAGGAAGUCCCGCCCCUGGAGCGUGAAGAAGUGUCAUCGCCACAACAGCUCCAUGCGAGGAGCGCCCAAAACCCGCAGGAAAUACCGACACGACCCCGGUUUGAUUUCACCAGGAAACCUCUCCGCAGCUGCAGCAGCAGCGAAGCUCCGUCGUGACUCUCUGUUUUGUCCUGAUGAGAUGGACAACCUCUUCUCCUACUUCGACACUGGCAAUGGCACCCGCAGCCCUGCAGGUCUGAGCAGUGACAGUGGGCUGGGAGGCAGUACAGACGGGAGCACAGACAUCCUGGUGUUUGGCUCAGUGGUCGACAGUGUCACCGAGGAGGUAGAGUGUGAGGGUGAGUCAGAAGAGGAGGAGUCUAGCGGGGAGGUGGAGAUAGAGCAGGAGGCGGGAUCAGACCCUGAGGAGCCCCUCCCCCCGGGGGCGUUGCUCUACCGGUCGUCACGGCUACACAACCUGCCACUCAUGGCCGAGGCGCUGGCGCAUGGGGCAGACGUCCACUCUGCCAGCGAUGAGGAGGGAAAGACCCCGCUCAUACAGGCCGUGACAGGGGGCUCUCUGACAGCGUGUGAGUUCCUGCUGCAGAAUGGGGCUGAUGUGAACCAGAGGGACAUGGGGGGGAGAGGACCCCUCCACCACGCUACCUACCUGGGACAUACAGGUCAGGUGUGUCUGUUCCUGAAGAGAGGGGCUUGUCAGACGGAGGUGGAUGAGGAAGGUCACGACCCUCUGAGCAUGGCUGUCCAGGCCGCUAACGCCGAUAUUGUUACAUUGUUGCGGUUAGCACGGAUGAACGAGGAGAUGCGCGAGGCGGAGGGUCCGUUUGGUCAGCCAGGUCAAUACCCCAGCAGCUCCCCAACUGAACAUCAGUACAGGAAAUGUAUUCAGGAGUUUAUCUGCCUCACCAUAGACUACUGUUAGGGGGCGCCACUAAGGCAGGUUGCAUCCCAAAUUGCACCCUAUUCCCUAAGUAGUGCACUACAUUUGACCAGAGGCCUAUUGGUACCCUAUUCCCUAUGUAGUGCACUACUUUUGACCUGGGCCCACUACAAAAGUAGUGCACUACAAAAGUAGUGCACUACAUAGGGAAUAGGGUGCAAUUUCGAAUACAGAUUAGCCACAACUAACUGGGCAUAUAGAGGCAUAUCAUACAGGGCAGAGUAGUAGGAUGAAGUUGCCCUAAGAUAAACUGAUCUGGAGUCAGUUUUGCUUUGUUACCAUAAUUGGUUAGGGUUAUGAUUUGUGGAGGGUAAAGCUGAUUCUAGAUCUGUAUCUAAGAGCAACAAGGCCCUACUGACCGUAGCGCAGAACAACGUUGUUUUAUCUUACCAACAAUAUGCUUCUCUUCUUCUUCUACAUCCAGAUCUUUUAACCACAUCGCUAGCUGCUUUCCACACCGUUCAUAUUAUAAACUGAGUGAAACACAGUGUAUCUGGCUGUUCCUAAUAGUCUUGUCUGUGGUUCUCACUGUCUGUCCGUUUACUUGCUACACUGCUCAACAUUUCCUGCCUCUCCUGUACACUCUUAGAGAAAAACAAAGUGCUAUCUAGAACCAUUAAUGGCUCUUCGGCUGUCCCCAUCAGGAGAUCCCUUUGAAGAACCCGUGUGUGGGUUCCGUAUAGAACCCUUUCCACAGAGGAUUCUACAUGGAACACAAAAUAGUUCUAUCUGGAACCAAAAAAGGUUCCCCUGUGGACAUAGCUAAAGAACCCUUCUUUUCUUAGUGUAGGCCUUCCUGUCCAUGUAUUACCUCCCCUCUUCCUCCCUCUUCCUCCCUCUUCCUCCCUCUCUUACCAGUAAGGACCUAAGCUUCCAGUCUUUACAAUAUUAUUCUACAGUGUCCUUCCUAUUCAGUAUUUUACAGUAGUUUAGAACAUUAUAUUAUAGUGUUCUAUUCAGCAUUUUACAGUAGUUUAGAACAUUAUAUUAUAGUGUUCUAUUCAGCAUUUUACAGUAGUUUAGAACAUUAUAUUAUAGUGUUCUAUUCAGCAUUUUACAGUAGUUUUACUAUUUUACUACUGAUGGAUGGAGAAAGAGACAAACGCCUGCUUUGUUGUUACUUGUGAGUGAGGAUUAAAUGCAUUAUAUUAUUAUUAUUAUUAUUACGAUGAUAUCUUAAUGUAAAAAAAAAAAAAAACUUUCCCUUCCUAACAGUAAUGUGCUUUAUUUAUCGUUGCUGUCGUGUUUACGUCAUGCUCUCUCAUUUUGCUCGUUGAGUUUCUGUCUUUUUGUUUUGCAUUAGUUUAUUUAUGUUAAAAUAGGGUAGUAAAAAAAUCCCGGAAUCUUCCAUACAUGAUUCCUGGAAAACCAAGGAAUUUGGGGGAAGUUAUUGGAAUGUUGUAAUCCUACGUUGAACCCGGAGGACUUGUGCAAUGAUGAUUAUUAUUACAGAAUUGAUGUGUUUCUGUAAAUUAUUUUCCUUUAUUUUAUUUUUUAUUUUAAUCUUUCAAACUUUUCAAUAUCCUCACUUUUUUUUCUGACUGGAUAUGUUUUGGUCUUGGUCUGUCACACACACAUUCUGGCUUCAGUUCUAAACAAGGGAUUCAUCAACCCUGAUCUAUACCUAGAAUUACUGUACUAGACUUGUUGAAAAAUGUCAUUUAUUUGUAGACAUUCUAGUGAUUACGUGUUUCUAUAUCUAUAUUUCAAACCUUUUUUGAUUGCAGUCCUUCAGUGUUUACUGAUAAAGACAUCUUCUUCACGACCACACCAGUGGUGCUUUGGUUGACUUAUGGCGACAGAGGGAGUCAGGGGCCACUGGUAACUGUCCCUGUAGUAGGUAGGGAGAGGAAGAGCUAGACCCAUUUAAUUAUCAUCAAAAACCAUUGUAAUUCUAUGGUUACAACUGACUGUCUUCUCCGGUCAUCAUUGCUCAAUGCUCAUUAUAUUCUGCAUGCUUUUCGGUUGUGACCGGAACGUUCUAGAACAUAUGUACGCGUUCUAGAAUAUACUCUUGGGCGUUUUUAGAAUGCUGUGUAGUACUUGGGGGCGUUCUAGAAUGCUGUCUGCAUACGGAGCAUGAUAGUUUCCUAUUUGUCCCCUCAUGGUGCUGUGCAGUCCUGUUAAAAAGCAUGAGCUACAGUACAGUACAGCCACUUCCUGUGAUGUCCUUAAACAACUUCCUCCUGUCUCUUUGGUAGACCUAUGGACCUCUGUGCCAUCUCUACGUCCACUCAUGGACCAGCUAUAGCUUCACUGUUUUGUCUAUUUGAUUUAUUUGUCCUUUUUAAUGAAACAUAGAGCUGAACUGUUUUUCGUUCGCUAGCCGACCUCUGUUUGUUCCUCAGCUACGUUGGCAUGAAGUCCUAAAGUAGUUCAAUUUAUUUAUUUUUUUGUUCUCUGCCAAAGACAGAGAAGUGUGCAACAGUGUUGUUAGGCAUCAAUCAGUUUAAGUUCAGCGAGAAUACAUAAAUACAGUGUUUUAACGUCUGAUAACACAUGGUACAGUGAAACGUAAAGUGGUAGAAACAGUGUUCGCCAGUGUUUUUACAAAAUGUUCAAAAGAAGAUAGUCACAGAACAAUGAAUAAGGUGGUAACCUAGCCCAGCUGAAGUGGUGGGUGUUGUUUCUUACUGUUUUAACAUUGGGGUUAAAGGAUGCUUCUAAACAAACAAACAAACAUGCUGUAAAUAAAACCGCUUUUUAACAUUUUAACUCAAACUGCCUGCUCUGACUUCCGCAUUCCACCACGGAACCCUGCCUGUUCCGUGCCACCUGUUCUGAUUCUGUUCUCUUCUUCCAAACAUCUAUCUGUGCACUCUUUUUGGAAUAUUGUGACAUAGCUAUCUCUCUGUCCUACUUGGGGAAACAAACAUCCUUGUAUUAAUAUCUCUACAUUUGGAUAUCUUUGGAAUAACUUUCUUUUUGUUCCUUGGUUUUAGAAACACUGAGAUGGUGAUUUAAAAAAAAUUUAAAAAAUGCAUAAAGAGAAUAAAACCAAGAAACUCUUGAUGAACUCCUCACCUUG